AUGGCUUCCAAUAUUCACUACCUUCUUUGCUUCAUUGUUCUCGUACUUUUUCCUUGUUCCACCGUGGCUCAAACGUCGAGAAACAUAUCCUUAGGCUCAUCCCUCACUGCCAAAAACGAUGACAACUCAUCUUGGCCAUCCCCAUCUGGUGAGUUUGCUUUUGGUUUUCAACAGAUUGUGAAAGACGGUUUCUUACUAGGCAUCUGGUUCGAUAAAAUACCAGAGAAAACAAUUGUGUGGUCAGCCAAUAGAGACAGUCUUGUGCCACAAGGAUCAAAAGUUGAGCUCACCAGUGAUGGCCAAUUUGUGCUCAAUGACGCAAAGGGCAAUCAAAUAUGGUCGGCCGAUGUUUAUAAUACCGGAGUUUACUACGCAGCCAUGCUCGACAGUGGAAAUUUUGUGCUGGCUGACCAAAACUCCACCUACCUGUGGGAGAGUUUUGAUCACCCAACUGACACAAUGCUUCCCACACAAAGUCUCAAGCAGAAUGGCAUACUCUACGCUCGCUACACAGCGACAAAUUACUCCACAGGUAGAUUCAUGAAAACACUACAACUUGAUGGAAAUCUCGUGCUUUACACAACAUAUUACCCUCAAUAUUCUGCCAAAUCCCCAUACUGGGCAUCCUGGUCAGUUGCCAAAAAUACUGAAAUUGGAUAUCAAGUCAUCUUCAAUCAGUCUGGCUUUAUUUACCUUACAUCAAAGAAUGGGAGCAUACUGUAUACAAUAUCAGCCAACUCAAUCGCAUCCCAAGAGUUCUACCAGCGAGCUACACUCGACUAUGAUGGAGUUUUGAGGCACUAUAAGCACCCUAAAAGCAGCAGCGCAAGUGGGGGAAGGUUGCCUUUGGCCUGGUCUACUGCCUCUUUCAUACCACCAAAUAUUUGCUUGUCACUUGUCGAAGUUAUAGGAGGCGGUGCAUGUGGGUACAACAGCUUAUGUAGGCUUGAUGAUGCAGGAUCAACUUGUCUAUGUCCAGAUGGUUUCAGUUUUUUUGAUCCUGAUGAUAAGCUCAAAGGAUGCAAACAGGAUUUUGUUCCACAAAGUUGCGAUGCUGGAGAUGCCCCAGAUGAGUUUGACUUAAAAGAGAUGGAAUACACUAAUAUGCCACAUUUGGAUUACGAGUUUUUCAAACCGGUGUCUGAGGAUUGGUGCAUACAGAAUUGCCUAGAGGAUUGCUUUUGUGUUGUUGCCAUUUUCAAUAACCUAUCUCAGUGCUAUAAGAAGGGACUCCCUUUUUCGAAUGGGAUGAUUGAUCCUACUAUUACUGGGACGAAAGCUUUUAUCAAAAAAAGGAAUAACAAUUCUACUUUAAAGGAUGGAAGAGCCAAUUCACAAAAGAAAAAAGAUGAUUCAACUUUGAUCAUUGUUGGAUCAGUGCUCCUAAGUAGCCUGGGGAUUCUGACCUUCAUCUUACCUCUGAUAACAUAUGUGGUUGUUUCUCGAAUGCAUUCUAGGAAAGUUCCGGCGGUUCAACCUUACCAAGGCAUGAACUUGAAAUAUUUUACUUAUGAGGAGUUAAAGGAAGCUACAAAUGAGUUCAUGGAAGAACUAGGUAGGGGUGCUUCAGCAACAGUUUUCAAAGGAGUGUUAGCUUGUGACGAGGGAAAACGUGUUGCAGUCAAAAUUUUAGAUGCAAAGGUUGGAGAAAGUGAUCUAGAAUUCAAUGCUGAAGUGAAAGCAAUUGGGAGAACAAAUCAUAGGAAUUUAGUCCAACUUCUUGGAUAUUGCAAUGAGGGGAAUCACCGAAUUCUUGUGUAUGAGUAUAUGAGCAAUGGCACUUUAGCAACCUUCCUAUUCGGAGAGUCAAGGCCAAACUGGAACCAAAGAAGGCAAAUUGCAUUAGGAGUUUCUAAGGGGCUCUUGUAUUUGCAUGAGGAGUGCAGCAACCAAGUUGUACAUUGUGACAUUAAGCCUCAAAACAUUCUCCUAGAUGACUCCUUCACAGCAAGAAUCUCCGAUUUUGGAUUAGCCAAGCUUUUGAGACUGGACCAGACUCGCACUAUUACAGGAAUUAGGGGAACAAAAGGGUAUGUGGCACCAGAAUGGUUCAAGAACAUGCCCAUCACAGCAAAGGUGGAUGUCUACAGCUUUGGUAUUUUGUUGUUAGAGAUCAUUUGCUGCAGGAAGAAGUUUGACGAAGAAACAGAAGAUGAAGAUCAAAUAAUACUCGCUGACUGGGUAUAUGACUGCUACAGCCAAAAGAAACUACAUCUGUUGCUGGAGAAAAUUGAUGAGGCAAAGGAAGACAUCAAGAUGAUGGAGAAGUAUGUGAUGAUUGCAAUGUGGUGCAUUCAGGAAGAUCCAUCACUCAGACCUACCAUGAAGAAAACCAUUCAUAUGCUUGAAGGAACUGUGGAAGUUCCAAUUCCACCGGAUCCAUCUUCUUACACAAGUUCCAUAUUUGUACACAUACGUUAGUGA